CAGACCUGUCUGACAAUAAAGAAUUGUCGUUAUCGUUUUUUAUUUCCCAAUAGAUGAUUAUGGGCUUUAAUGGCAGGGCGAUGAGUGACGAGUUAACAGCCAGUCUGAAUAAUAAAAAAAUAAAAAGAUUGAACUAAGAAUCAUGUUCACACAUGAACUCAGGAACAGCGACCUUUAACUAAAAGAUCAUAAUUUCCCCAUAUAACUGCAGCAACACCCAGGAUUUAAACGGAUCACCUAUGAGUCAUGUUGAAAAAACUUUUUCCCUCCCUCCCUCUUCUCCUCUCUCUCUCUCCGCCUCAUAACCCCCGAAACCCCACAACAACCAUAAAAGCAGUUUGUGCGUGGUUCCUCUCUCACAGAGCGACAGCAGCGCAGCCUCUGCUGGACCAAUUAGAGCGUGUUUUCCUGGACGGCCUCUGCGCACUGUGCCAGGACAGUCAGGAUCAGGACAGCCAGCAGGACAAACAGAUCAGGACAGACACUAGCAGGGUUUGCAAUGGGGUCGACCGUGGCUUUAGUCUGCUCCACUGCAUUUCUCUUGGUUUUACUUUGCUCUGCAUCCGAAGAUGAGCGCAACUUUGAGCAGCGCGAGGUCACCUUUGACAUUGACAAAAUCAUGCAAGAGAUGCAACAACCAGAUGACUUCAUGUUGCAGAAAGAGGUGGACUUAGCAGAUCUCUUCGAUCCCGCGGAGUUCACAGAGCAGGUUAUCGUGUCUCCACCAGAACAGUUUGAUACCCUGAGUGAGAUAGACGACUCCAGACCAAGAAUCUUGACACCUAGAGGACGUCGACCAAGUUUUGGGCCUCGUUCCUUCGAUGUUCCUCCCGAGUACGAUCCCAUUCAGUUCCCCGUCGGCCAACCGACCGAAAACAAUCUCCAAGCCAUCUGUCUCAAUGCAGCCCAUCGUCCCACUUACCCAGACUCUUUCUUUCCUGCCUCUGGUUAUGGCCAGCAGAAGCGAAGGGCAAGUGCUGUCAACAAUGCAGAGUCCUGGUUUAGAACAUGCUGCAAAGGGAACCAGACGUGGGAGAGGGAAGUGACGCUGUGUUGCUUCACACAGGCGUGGGAGCUGUCAGUCAACUCCUUCUGUGAGGAAGACACAUCAAUAAAGGAUCGUCAUUAUCACUGCUGCAAACUGACUGCUGGCAGCGACAGGCUGAAGUGCUUCCAUGACGACGCUCCAAACCCAAACUACGAGGCAACAGAGGGGCUGCCGAGGCCACCGCUUCUCUCUAAAACCAACUUCACCUUUGACCCCAACACUUGCCAGAGGACGAAGACGACUCUAUACAGUGUCAGAGGAAACAGAAGAAAGAAGGAGAAGAAACAGAUAACAUCUGCUUCCAAGAAAGUUAGAAUGCACUUUCCUCCCGGACGCCCCACCGCUGACAACAUUGAAGCACUGUGUCGGGACCAGAAGCUACGCCCCGUCUUUAAAACCAACUGCAUGCCAGGUGAAGGGUACAUGUGGCUGGUUCGUCAGGCAAAGGCCAUCAAUCGUAUAGAAAAGAGAUACAAACAGUGCUGCAAAAAGGAGCAGGGUGUGCUCGACUGUGCUGAUCUGAAGUGGCGUGGGGAGCUUAACAGGUAUUGCGUGGACGCGAUUGGUCAAGACCACUGUUGUCCGGGUGGCGCAAAGGAACAAGUCGACUGUUUCCAAACGAUUUCUCCCGACCCGCAUUACAAUAGGACCUCCGACAAGGAAGAGCUCGCACUCCACAACCUCUGUGACACUCACAAGAUGAUCAAGAAGAAGUUCCCUGUUGGUUUUCCUCUGAAGAGCUUUGUGAACCAAUGCUGCCCCAUGUUUGAAAUGUUCAGGGAUCUUUGUUUUAAUCAGAAGUUUGAGGAAAUGUCAAAGAUGUGUUUGACACAUAAGACUGCUCCUCCAGCUGUCCACCGCUGUUGCCUCAUGUCUUCACAAACGAUGCAACAGUGUCUCACCAAUAUUCUCAUGGAUGCCAUCACCAAGGCAACCACCGCCAUACGCCAAAAGAAGAAGAAAAGGUGCCCUCUCUCCUAAACACUUGUGGCCUUUUGCUGCUGACCCUACUGGCACCGGGCCAUUCAGGGAAACAGCAACCUAGCAGCAGGUGACCUCCGAUCGCCGAACAGGAACAAUUAGAGGUCUGUAAGAAAAUGUGGACCAAAUUGUAGCUUCUUCUACUGCCAGUGUUAUUUGUAUCUUUUCAUCUGAGAUCAGAUGAGAAGCAUUGUUAUAACAAGGAUACAUUUAUAAAGAAACAAAAAUAUUGUUAAAUGCUUAGUUUGUAAAACAGACUUGUCUGUGUCACUGUACCACUGUUUUUAUAGGCUGCUCUUUACAUAUUUGAUUAUGAAUGCAUUUUAUUGAUUCAUUUGGAGCUGCGAGAUCAGUUCUCUUCUUUGUAUAUGGUUUUGUGGUUAAGGUCAUAUAUCUACAACAGUUCUAAUAAAAACGUUUUUUAAAUGUAA